CUUAAGCAGUUUCGUUUUUUUUACGUGAGUAUUGUCAAUUUGGUGUGUUGGUUUAUAUCCCAGUUGGAGACUGCGUGGAAAUAGUUUAACUACGUUUAAAGGCAUCAUCGUAAGGAAAGUUAACCAAACAAGCCCAAAAUGCCCAGCAUCAAGUUGCAAUCUUCGGAUGAGGAGAUCUUUGACACGGAUAUCCAGAUCGCCAAGUGCUCCGGCACCAUCAAGACCAUGCUGGAGGACUGCGGAAUGGAGGACGAUGAGAAUGCCAUUGUUCCGUUGCCCAAUGUGAAUUCGACGAUCCUUCGCAAGGUGCUUACCUGGGCGCACUACCACAAGGACGACCCCCAGCCAACGGAGGAUGAUGAGAGCAAGGAGAAGCGGACAGACGACAUUAUCUCAUGGGAUGCAGAUUUCCUAAAAGUCGACCAGGGCACAUUGUUUGAGCUCAUAUUGGCAGCGAACUAUCUGGACAUCAAGGGCCUCCUGGAGCUCACCUGCAAGACUGUUGCAAACAUGAUUAAGGGAAAGACUCCCGAGGAAAUACGCAAGACCUUCAACAUUAAAAAGGACUUCUCGCCCGCCGAGGAGGAGCAGGUGCGCAAGGAGAACGAGUGGUGCGAGGAGAAGUAAGGCGCGGCAUUUCGCGGGACCAACAUUAAAAUGAAGACAGCUAGGGGAUGCGGGAACGAGUUGGAUUUGCAGCAUUGCAACUUUACUUAGUUGCUGCUUUUAUUAUUUUAUUUUUUUUUAACCCCAGCAGAGACUCAUUUUGAAUUGUGUAUAAAUGAUCUGCUGCUGAUGUGAUUCGCGGGGUUAAUCUUUUGUCGUAAAUAUAUCUCAUAUACAUACAUAUGCGAGAUUGUAACACUCUCUUUAACCUACACUUGAUUUCACUUUAAUAAAUAUAACUACCCAACA